AUGGACCCUAUGGAGCCCCCCGUGCACAUUUUCCGUGAGGAGCCACCCUCCACCUGCUCUCCAGGCCCCUGCCUCCUCCCCAGCAGCAGCAGCUGGCUCCUGGGCUGGGCUGAAUAUGGCAACAAUGCCAGUGGUGGCUUUGAAGACCUGCAGCAGAACCAUACCAACAUUUCCCCAGCUAUCCCCAUUAUCAUCACUGCUGUCUACUCUGUGGUCUUUGUGGUUGGCUUGGUGGGCAACUCUCUGGUCAUGUUUGUCAUCAUAAGGUAUACAAAGAUGAAGACAGCAACGAACAUUUAUAUUUUCAAUCUGGCUAUGGCAGAUGCUUUAGUUACUACAACUAUGCCUUUUCAAAGCACUGAAUACCUGAUGAACUCUUGGCCAUUUGGGGAUGUGCUGUGUAAAAUAGUUAUUUCAAUUGACUAUUAUAACAUGUUUACCAGCAUAUUCACAUUGACCAUGAUGAGUGUUGAUCGAUACAUUGCUGUGUGUCACCCCGUGAAAGCCCUGGACUUCCGCACUCCUCUCAAGGCAAAGAUAAUCAAUAUCUGUAUCUGGCUAUUGUCCUCAUCUGUUGGUAUAUCUGCCAUAGUCCUUGGAGGCACCAAAGUCAGAGAAGAUACUGCUAGUACUGAAUGUUCUUUGCAGUUUCCAGACACUGAUUAUGUGUGGUGGGACAUCUUCAUGAAAAUCUGCGUCUUUGUCUUUGCGUUUGUUAUUCCAGUUCUCAUUAUCAUUGUUUGCUAUACCCUGAUGAUCCUGCGCUUGAAGAGCGUACGACUUCUCUCAGGGUCUCGAGAAAAAGACCGAAACCUUCGUCGGAUCACCAGAUUGGUUCUUGUAGUUGUGGCAGUUUUCAUUAUCUGUUGGACUCCCAUUCACAUUUUUGUGCUGGUUGAGGCACUAGGGGAUGUGCCCCAUAGCACUGCAGCAAUCUCCAGCUAUUAUUUCUGUAUUGCUUUGGGUUACACCAACAGCAGUCUAAAUCCUAUCCUGUAUGCUUUUUUGGAUGAAAACUUCAAGCGCUGUUUCAAGGACUUCUGCUUUCCCUUUAAGAUGAGGAUGGACAGGCAGAGCACCAGCAGAGUCAGAAACACAGUCCAAGACCCUGCUUACCUGAGGGAAGUGGAUGGGACAAACAAACCAGUAUGA